GUUAGCUAAGUUAGCUUGUGGCGUUUUGAGCGCAGUGCGUCUGCUUUACUUUACGCGAGGCUGUUUGAGGGUGUUAGGCUCCGUUUUCCCCCUCAGAGCCCGAGCUGCGGUUUAUUUCGUGAGGGACAGAUAGUCAGCAGCAGCGGACGGGGUCAGAGAGUUGAGCCCCGGCUGGGCGGACAGUAGUUUUUCUUGUUUAAGGCGUUUCUGGGUCUGUUGUGUGGAUUUGUCUGAGCGGCGGUGUGAAGUCUAGCCGGUGUAGUGUAGGGGCGCACUGGGCCCUGUGCUACUGUUAGCAUAGCUGCGAGAGGACCGUCUCUAGGGCAGACUUCUGAGAUUCAGCGCUGAAAAGGCGAAACGAUGGAUAAAGCGGAUUUCCUGAAAGGUCUCCCUGUAUACAACAAGACCAACUUCAGUAGAUUCCAUGCGGACUCUGUUUGCAAAGCAUCGAAUAGAAGACCGUCAGUAUAUCUGCCUACACGGGAAUAUCCCUCGGAGCAGAUUAUUGUUACAGAGAAAACAAAUAUUCUUCUGCGCUACCUUCAUCAACAGUGGGACAAAAAGAAUGCAGCUAAGAAGCGGGAGCAGGAGCAGGGAGAAGGAGGAAGUCCUGCACCUCCACGCAAAAUCGCCCGGACUGACAGUCAAGAAAUGAACGAAGACUCUUAAAUGGGAUCGUUACCAAACAGCACAAGGACAGGCACAAAAAUGACAGCCGUUUCAGAAGUUCAUAAUACCUUGUCUACAUAUUUAUGUAGACACCUGCACAUGAGACUGGAAUUUACUUAAAGAAAAAAAAAACACAAGAAAGAGAUUGAAAGUGAGCAAGACCCUUUUUUAUGGUGUGCUUUUUUAUUUUUAUUAAGCGCUUCCUGUCAACCUGUCCCCUUUUGUGCAUCCUUACAACCUAGUGUUAAACACUUGGGGGCGCUAUUAGCUUCCACUGCCAGAUUCUGUGGGCCUGGUGUGCUGUAGAUUGCUCAGGAAGGAUGGGGAGACUUAUGGGCAAGCUCUAAGAUGCAUCAGAAGUAUUUGGCAAGGUAUGGAAAGCUUAGACUGCAUCACAGUUGUGCGCAAGUGUGUUUGUAAAUUAUAAUGUCUGACACUGACUAGAGGGCCGCUUUGAUCUCUGAUCACUGAUGGUCUUAUGUGAACACCAUCACUGCUAGCUCAGCUAUGGUUUUUUUUUUUUUUUUUUUUUUUGCUUUCUGUACGGACAGUGCCUAGCAGACACUUCGGUUCAUACAUGUAAGACAACUUUAAUCUGGAGAUUCAUCGAUAUAGGAGAUUUGGUGCAAGUCUUGUAAGACCUGACUCCCUGGCUUCGAUUAUGACUUGAAGAGGUCACAUCAGUACUGGUUUGGAUAUGAAAAACAACCAACAGACUAAGAACUAUUAUUUUGUUCUGUUAUUAGUACCUUCAGCUGAUAUAAAAUUAUUUGUGAUUUGGAGGCAUUUGGAUUUCUCAUCCAGUGCUUUAUUCAGAUUGUUGACCUUGGUGGACAGCCCUGUCUGCUGGACCAGUUUGGAUCCUUUUUGCCUUUUGGUAGUUUUCCCCAGCUUAGAUAACGGUAGUGCUAGUUUUAUAGGCCUACGUGUUUGUCCUGCUCCAGUUCUUGCUGCACUAUGCUAUGCAGGUUUUUUUUUUGUUUUUGUUUGUUGUCUUUUGAUGGGCUUGACUCAGUAUGAAUAAAUGAUCAGGUUAGUAAUAACUAACAGCAGAUUAAGUCAGUUGAAGGAGCUCUAUGCAUGUGGCUUACCUGUGUGUCUCACCUGGUAUGAGGUGAGCACAGUGUACCUGAACUGUGUCCCUUCUACUGUGUUCAGACCACUGCGUUUGGAAGCAUUACGUGAGGAAGUGCUAAGGUGUGUCAGUAGUUUCUCUAAGUGCUCCUUCGCCCCUUUUGUUAUGUGUUUGAUCUAUUAUUAAAAUGUUGAAUUGCAGAUGAAGCCAGUAUUAUUGGCUAAGCAUGUAUGUUUUAUGGCAACAACAAUUGACUUUGGAUUAUGGCAAUAGAAGGCACUGUUGAUUUAAAAGCUAGUUUGUGAGAAAAGGGGGUGCUGAUGGCUUUUAGAAUUAAAAGAUAAGUCAUUAUUACAUACAACCCACUAAAAUACCAAACACCUUCCCAUAACCUUGUGCACAUAAUUUACAUAAUUUACAACCCUGUCCACCAUACCUUUAGCACUGCAUCAUGCGUUACACUCAAGUUGUUCAAAACAAGCUAGGAAACCUCACAAGGCUGAUUGCCUUGCUAAAUAAUGAGCAUAAUUUGCUCCCCUUUGUCCUCAUAGAACCACAGUUUAAUCAGUUUAGGUUUAAACCUUAUCUACACAUUGUAAACACAAACAGCUGCUACAUUUCUUUCAUUCUCGUGUCAUAUUGUCUGCUUCUGUUUGCUCCAACCCACAAGCUCAAGAAUAUAUAGCUAUGUUCCUGCCUUAUUUAAUAUGUGGCGUGCAUACCGAAUACAAACCUCCAAGAUGUCGCUUGUCUCUUUCUUAAUUGUGUACAAGUGAACCCCUGAUUUGUAUUUUCUCCUGAAAGCCUUCCCAAUUUCUUUAUACAUUAGGUCAACAUUGUCUUUGAGGAAUUAAAAUAAUAAUAAUAAUGCUGA